AUGGCGACAAUCACCGAUCGAUUUGUGCAGAACGUUCACAUGGACCAAGAAACUUCCACCUCUCUACAUGACGAAUUACUGGUCGGAUAUGGGGACGUCGUUAUAGAAAUUUCCGACAGAUCCCUACCUUUUCUGCGCGGUGGUCCAUUGUCGAAGGACGAGUUUCAAUUCAUGAACGUGCAAUUUCGUUGGGGCGCUGAGAACUCGUGCGGCGCGGAGCAUUCCAUAAGCGGUAUCUGGUACUCGAUGGAGGCACAGGUGAUGCAUUGGAACACUCGUUACGGAUCGAUAGACAAGUGCUACGACAAACCGGACGGGAUCGCUGUGCUCUCGUAUUUCAUGCAAGUGGUGGGCUGCCCUGGAAUACCCGACAAUCCCUCCCUAGCGGAAAUUACCAACAACUUGUCAAAGAUCAAGACAAUCGGAAGCCAGACCAACAUAUCACCUUGUAAUUUUACUUUACCGCGUUGCUUUCUUAUUUUCGAUAUAGAUUGGAGACCACAUAGAAGUAAAUUAAUAGCCGUAUAA